GUCUCGAGGGAACACACAACCGGGUACGUCAAGAAAAGUUAGACUUUGCGCAUGAGAGCCUCGACAGUCGCUUUUCCGAUCAUCUUGGCAAAGUUUGAUUCUCAAUUCCACUGACGGCAACUGGAUGGCAACAUUUAAACCUGCGGCACAUCGAUUUUUUCCACCUUUCUAAAAACUCAAUGGAUUCUUGAGAUGUGUUAAUAUUACUUGUCGACCCUCAUGGAUUCGUGUUUUUCUGUUUGUGUUCGAAACAGCGGUUAUGAUGAUGCCACCCCACAUUCGAGCUACGUUCAUGCCAAACCCACCUAUCAGACAGCUCCCGCCAGUCAAGAGCAAAAGAAGAAAGAAACCAACGGAGGGUGUGUUCCAGUUCAUGGAUAAAUUUGAAAAAACACCUGCCCCCAAACGCAUCGUUCAGCCGACUCCAAAAUCUAUGAAAAAGGCGAAGAUGGAAGCUCGAACGAAGGGUCUCGACGACCAGCGCAAAGCGUUGAUUGAAGAUUAUCGAAAAAUUCAGAGAGACUGCGGUGGCGAGUACGAAGGAAUGAAUUGCUACAAUACGCUUUUUGUGGGACGGUUAGCCUACGAGGUAACGGAAGGGAAAUUGUUGAGAGAAAUGGAGGCAUUCGGACCCGUCAAGGACAUCAAACUCAUUGUCGACCAAAACGGAAAAUCGCGAGGUAUUGGUUUUGUAGAGUACGAAAAUGAAGAAGACAUGAAGAGGGCGUACCGUGGUGCUGACCGGAUGAGAAUUGAGGGCAGAGAAAUUGUUGUGGAUGUGGAGCGGGGCCACACGGUUCCGACCUGGUUGCCCCGUAGGCUCGGAGGAGGACUCGGCGGGACCCGGCUGGGKGGAAAAGACAAAAACGUGACGGCCCCCGGGAGGUUUGAUCCGAGCCGGAUGAUGGAACGCUCUUCAUCGGGAAUGAUGGGCGAAGAGCCGGGUGGAAUGGGCCGGGGGCAUGGACCACCGCCCGGCGGCGGAUACUACGACGGACCACCCAGCAAUUAUGGCGGUGGCGGUGGCGGUGGAUACGGAGACUAUUCGAGAGGCGGUGGCGACCGCGACCGUCGGAGGAGGCGAUCACGAAGCCGCAGUCCAGACCGUGGAAGGUACGCCCCGCGGCCGCGGUACUAGAAUUACGGCGUCGCGGAACCAGAACAGGGAGAAUAAUAGUAUCAAGUAAAG